GCACUUCCACACUGGCAAGAAAUUUAACCGUGUUAAAAUGACGAGCGGUAUCAGUUAUACAAGAGAUGUGUUCCUCUGGGGCAUAUCUGGAAUUUAUCUCAUUGCGUUUGCAUCUCUAUAUAUACAAAUACCUGGUCUGUAUGGAGAAAAUGGAAUACUGCCAGCAAAACUUGUUCUCCACGAAAAGAUAGAUUCAAUAGAGGAACUGUUGGAUGGAGCUCCAACUCUGAUGAAGUUGACCCCACGCCUUGGUCUGGAUGCUCAGGGAGGGAUGGAUCUGCUAUGUCUGAUCGGGAUGCUGGUGUCCUUCCUUAGUUUGGUGUUUGGUGGGGCUCGGGACACUGUAGCCUACACUCUCCUUUGGAUGUUAUACCUAUCUCUGUAUCAGGUUGGGCAGACAUUUCUGUGGUUCCAAUGGGAUAUUUUGCUCCUAGAAACAGGUUUCCUGGCGAUCUUAGUGGCUCCAUUUAAUCUCCAGUUACCGAAGAAGUGGAGGAUGUCACCGUACCACCAACAUGAUAGCAUCACUCUUUGGUUGGUACGCUGGCUCCUCUUCCGCCUCAUGUUUGCUUCAGGAGUGGUCAAGCUGACCAGUAAAUGCCCUACAUGGUGGGGACUGACAGCUCUGUCUGUACAUUUUGAAUCUCAGUGUAUUCCGACACUUCUAGCCUGGUGGUGGCACCAUCUACCUCUGUGGUUCCUCAAGCUCAGCUGUGUGGCCACCUACAUGAUUGAGAUACCCGUCCCUUUCCUCUUCUUCUCUCCUGUCAGGUCCAUGAGGCUAUUUGCAUUUUACAGUCAGUUGUUACUCCAGACCCUGAUCUUACUGACCGGUAACUACAACUUCUUCAAUCUACUAACUAUAGUUCUCUGUAUAGCCCUACUGGACGACGAACACUUCGGUUAUAGGAAAGAAAGAAAAUCUUCAUGGCUUGGUGGAACAAUAAACUUGUUAGCCUCAGUAUUGGCCUACGGCUAUAUUGGGUACCAGACGUGGCAUCUGUUUUCUUUAAAAGUGAACUUAAGCCCCAGCUUUUCCAUUUCCUCCAGUGUAGCCUUUUCACAGCCUCAGUUUACAGCCUGGCUUGACUGGAUUGUCCCCUGGACCAUGACCCUGGGUGCCAUAUCUCUAGGUUAUGAGAUUGUCAUUGCUCUUGUUCCCCAUACUGUGGUCAGUAAGCCAGCCCAGCAGUACCUACCUAGAGCUAUCUUUACGUAUAGGUCCAAACUCCAGCCCUAUCACCUCACCAACUCUUAUGGGCUUUUCAGAAGAAUGACUGGGGUCGGAGGUCGACCAGAAGUUGUGUUGGAGGGCAGUGACAGCCUAGAGGGGGACUGGAAGGAAUAUGAGUUUAUGUACAAACCUGGCAAUCUGUCCCGCAAACCACCUUUUGUAGCUCCACACCAGCCUCGCCUCGACUGGCAGAUGUGGUUUGCAGCUUUAGGGAGCUACCAGCACAACACAUGGUUUGUCAAUUUGGUGUACAGACUUCUUCAAGGUCAACCAGAGGUCAUACAGUUACUACAACACAACCCCUAUCCAGAGGAACCACCGAAGUACAUCCGGGCCACGCUCUACCAUUACCACUUCUCACAGGCUAAUGGGCAGGACUGGUGGGUGAGAGAGAAGAAGAAUGAGUACUUCCCUCCAGUGGAGAAAGAUAACCCCUCCUUAGUGCAGUAUCUCAAACAUGCCAAGAUCAUACAGGAGGAGGACAGCAAGGCCAAAACCGACCAGGAAAAGAGACCAAUGCGACAAUCAUUCACUCAGAGAAUUGUGACUUUUAUCAGAAAGUGCAUCGGCCAGCGAGAGGGAUUCGCAUUUGUCACAUCUAUAUUGGGGGCUACGUUCAUCAUUAAAGUAUUCAAUAAGUACUUCUGGUAGUUCAGUGUACAUAACUUACAUGUAAUGUCAGGAUAUCAUUGUACUCAAUAAGUACUUCUGGUAGUUCAGUGUACAUAACUUACAUGUAAUGUCAGGAUAUCAUUGUACUCAAUAAGUACUUCUGGUAGUUCAGUGUACAUAACUUACCUGUAACGUCGGGGUAUCAUUGUACUCAAUAAGUACUUCUGGUUGUUCAGUGUGCAUAACUUACAUGUAACGUCGGGGUAUCAUUGUACUCAAUAAUUACUUCUGGUAGUUCAGUGUACAUAACUUACAUAAACGUCGGGGUAUUAUUGUACUCAAUAAGUACUUCUGGUAGUUCAGUGUACAUAACUUACAUGUAACGUCGGGGUAUCAUUGCAUGUACUCAAUAAGUACUUCUGGUAGUUCAGUGUACAUAACUUACAUGUAACGUCAGGGUAUCAUUGUACAGGCACUCAAUGUCUGUAACAGGAGGAACACUAGAGUGCUGAUUUAAGUUGUCAUAAUUGUGGUCGUGUAUAUCGGAUAGUACCUGUACACAAAUUAUCAGCACAAAUAUUUCGUACUUCUGAUGCAUGGUGAAAUAGAAUCUGAAUGUAGGUUUUAAGCUUUAUAUUUAAUUUCAAAAUUUUUCUCUCAGUUGUUUUAAAAUACUGAACUUUAUCACAUUUUUGAUCUCUGUUGAAUUCUCUCUCUUGCUCCAAGGUGAAAAAGAGUGAUUGGGCAAACAUACAUGUCUCCUGAAUACUUUCAUAUUGGAGUUGUCUUUCUGAUUUAUUUUAUAAAUCAUUUAUCAGUAAUAUCAGUGAUUUUGUAAAUUAUGAUUCAAAUCAAUCUUCUUAUUUUGGGAAAAUAGUGUUAUGGUAUUUAUAAAAUGAUCUAUUUUUGAUGGGUUUUAAAUUGGACUUUUUAGCCCACCAUCAUCUGAUGGUGGGCUAUUCAAAUCACCCUGCGUCCGUGGUCUGUCGUCCGUCCGUU